AUGCAUUCCCUGGACGAACCCCUGGACCUGAAGCUCAGCAUCUCCAAGCUCCGGAUGAUGAGGGGCAAGAGGCAGAGGGGCUAUGAGACAAUGGAGGAGAGCAGUGCCCAGAGGGAGCUGAAGAUGACCGAUGAUGGAAUUGUUAUCAUUGCAUCGGCCUCUCCCCACAACCAACACACUGGUCCGUUCAUCCUGCACCAGGCUCAGGAGAAACAAGACGCCCGUUUCUCCCCCGCCCGGAACUCGGUGUCCAUCGUGGACCUCAGCUUGUCCCCCAGCUCCGGCCUCGACUCUCCGCCCCCCUCGGCCUUGCUGCCCGACGACCUGCAGGACGGAGGAGAAGCAUCUCCUGGUGUCAGCACCGAUGCCCAGACGCCCCGCUUCCUGGAGGGGAGUCCGAGCUCUCAGACGUUCCAGUUCUUCCUGCCUCUGGGCUCCUCCAGCCCGGUCCACCUGCCCUCCUCCAUGCUGGUGUCGCCGCCCAAGGACAUGCCCAACCUGCUGGAUCUGCCAUUGGAACAGCUGGCCUGUCACUGGCGCAAGUGUAAUCAGCUGUUUGAUUCGCUCCAGGACCUGGUUGACCAUGUGAAUGAUUUCCAUGUGAAGCCAGAGAAGGAGACUGGCUACUGCUGCCUCUGGGAGGGGUGUGCCCGUCGGGGCAAGGGCUUCAACGCCAGGUACAAGAUGUUGAUCCACAUUCGGACUCACACCAACGAGAAGCCUCAUCGCUGUCCCACCUGCAACAAAAGCUUCUCCCGGCUGGAGAACCUCAAAAUCCACAAUCGCUCACACACAGGUGAGAAGCCCUACAUCUGUCCUUACGAAGGCUGCAACAAACGAUACUCCAACUCCAGCGACCGUUUCAAACACACCCGGACGCAUUACGUGGACAAACCGUACUACUGCAAGAUGCCGGGCUGCCACAAGAGGUACACAGACCCCAGCUCCCUGCGCAAGCACAUCAAGGCCCACGGCCACUUUGUUUCGCCGGAGCAGCAGGGGCUGCUGAAGCUGCGACAGGUGGUGAAGAAUCCUGCAGGGCUGGACAUGCCCUACCUCAGCGGCUCGCAGAUCAUCAUCCCCAACCCUGCCGCCAUCUUCGGGAACCUUCCCCUGCAGGGGCUAAGGGGGUCUCUGCCCAUACCCAUGCACCCUGCCCCACUGGACCUCAGCCCCUUGACCAGCAGUACCGUGGCCUCUUCCCCCUUCACCGCCAUGCCCAGCUCCGUCAUUUCCCUCAACGGCACUCCCAUAAACCUGGCCAAAACACCGCUGGUGUCACCGCUGUCUGCCGGUGCUCUCGGCCUUCCACUGAUGUCCUUGGUGGCCGGACCCCAGAGCCACCCCCAGCGGCCAGCCACCACCAAACCCAGGGCAGCAGCCUGUCGGAGACAGGAGGGCAAAGUGAAAGGCUUCCCUUCACUGGAGGGGCGACUGAGGCCACCGGCAGAAGGCUUCUCCAUGCACCCUGGAGCUGUGAUAGACUUAUCGGGCCGAAUGGCCUCCCUGCCGACAGCGGACUCCCUCCCCGCGGCUUGGGUGGUCAUCCCCCCCGGCUCCGUCCUCCUCAAACCCGCGGUGGUGAACUGAACAGCCCCCCUCACCUCUUCUCCCCCCCUUCCCAUAUUCCCCUCCCCCAACACAGAGGUGCGCUGGCAGCUGCCCUAGUCAACAUCUCCACCUCUUGUCCAGCAGUAACGUACUCAAACUGAGCAGUGGUGGCGAGCAAGAUAUUGAAUUCUUCUGCAGUAGAGCAGGGUCUGUUGCAGGAAGAGGAGGGUAACUUGGUGCCCAGAGCUUCCUGAAGACGGUCCCGAUGAGAUGAAGACUCGGAGAUUGCCCACACCUUGCAGGACGAGAGCCUGAGCCAGUGCUAGGAGCAGCAAGAGGACCACCUUGACCCUGGAGAUACUGAGGACUUCAGCACACACCUCCCACCUCGCUUUAAAUCAGUACAGAUCUCUUUGUUUUGUACAGAUCAAUCAGAUUGUUCAUUGAUACUAGAAACCUGUCAACAAAUGAAGCAUGAAAUGAUCGUGGAGAUACAAGGAACUGCAGAUGCUGGAAUCUCAACACAACUGCUGGAAGAACGUGGUGGGUCAGGCUGCAUCUGUGGUGGGAUGGACAGAUGCUUCUGGUUGGGAUUUUGAGUAUGUAGAGGUCCUGACAUUAGAUAUCACCUGUUCAUUUGCUCCAGAGAUGCUCCCUGAUCUGCUGAGUUUGUCCAGAAAAUUGUGGUUUGACUUGAAAUGAUCAUCAUGAGAUUGUUGGAGACUUCAAUUCCAAUUUGUGAAUGAUUGGAUUUGGAAUCAUAGUGGGUAGGGAUUUGGAUCAGGAAGAGGCAGUGGGGGGGUCGUGGACCUGUCAGUGAUAGGGGUGAGCAGGACUGGGGUGUCGCGGGAAGGGGUCAGUAGGGAUGGGGUGGCAGCUAUUAUUGUGGACAGGGAACACUUUGUCAGGAUCGUCCAGCGGGAGUGUGGAUGUGUCUCGGGCUGUAGAUCACCCUGUGCCGUGUCCAUCACUCGGGGGUUGGGGGAUAUGAGGCUUUGUUUCAGUCGUGCCAGCUGUACUUAUUCAGCCCCUUUACUGGAGUGCCCAUAAUGGCUGCUAAAUAUCGCGACUCAGCAACUGGAAGCAGUGAUUUUUGUCACUACUACACACUUGCAAAGUGUCUGACAAAAAAGGUUAAAUGGGGACUACAAAUUGCACAAAUCUACAUCUGGAAUCUACAGUUGGUUAUGUACAGGGUGACAAAUAGUAACCUUAUACAGCCUCAUGUCUGUUCUGACCCCAACUGUGAGACGGAAAGUGUUGAGUACCUUGCCCCCAGUGUGGGUGACAUGCACAGCUAUCGGUAAAUAUUUUAUACACUUAUGGAAUCUCCUAUUUGUUAUUUAAGGUGUGUCUGAAUUGAUGGAUUUUAACUGUAUUUAUCCACUUCCUGCAGUCUCCUAGGACUUUUGCUCAGGUUUGAGGGUAAUUUAUUCUUUGUAGUGAUUGGUUAUAAAACGCUAAGUCUAGGGCACAGGUGAUCAUUGUUCCAGUUCCUGACCUAAUUCCACUGCCCUGCUCUCCACUGACAGCCCUGCAUAAUUCCACACCCCUUUAGCCUAGUCCUGUAAAUUCCUGUUGUCAACGUUUGCCAUCUAGCUGUCCCCUUUCACUGCCUUCUCUAAACACGGCAACAUUUAGCUUUGUUAAACAGAGCAGCAGACAGCCCAGGACUCCCAAGAGACAGAAUCUUUAACCUCCGGCUCGCUGGGUGUACACUACUUAAUGUUCUCUUCACAAACUCACACGUACAACUUGUACAUGAAACAGUACAGGAACAGGCCCUUCAGCCCACAAUGUCCAAGUUAAACUAAUCUCUGCCUGCACGUGAUCCAUAUCCCUCCAUUCCUUUCAUAUCCAUGUGCCUAUCUAAAAGCCUCUUAAAUGUGUCACUAUGGUAUCUGCCUCCACCACCCCCCCCGGCAACACUUUCCAGGUCCCUACAACUGUACCUGCACCCCAUCUUGCAACAGGCAUCAACUCACCUCCUACUAAAACCCCGAUUUGCCCUUUAUUUAACCUCCAGGCGACAGUUCCAACAUGACUAGACUUGCAGCUUGUACCCUUGAGAAAAGCUUGCGCUGGGCCUGUCCGAACUAACCCCAAAUCCCACCCGGCACCCAAACCUUUAAAUUACUCAUCCACGUUUCAAAUUCCUCUUCAGCCUCGCCUCUCCCUAUCUCUGUACUCACCUCUGGUUCUGCUCAUGUCCGAGAUCUCCGUUCUUCAGGCCUGGUUCCCCAAACACUGUAGACAUUCCUUCAACCUACCUCCGCGGCCAGGUGUCUGGUCAUGACCCAACAUCAUGUAUGGCUUGAUGUUAGAUGUGUGUCGACAUUCCCAUGAAGCACCAUGGGACAUUGUAGCUUGUUAUUGACAAUAUAUAUAUAUAUAUAUAUAUAUAUAAUAUAUAUAUAAAACAUGUUGAUUAUAUAGAUACAUGUUGUUUUCAGUUUGAGAGCCAGUAAAGCAGAGUUCAAAACCUGCAGCAGUGGUUGGUUUCCAACUCACCCACCGAUCCUGUCCCUUGGGCAGAACGACGUGUGGAUGAUCAGCCACGCUGAUGUUCAGUGGCAAACAGUUGCCCUGGAGCCACUGGGCCAGUUGUUGGUGAGAGUGCCGUACUGUUGCCAGGGGAAGCAGUGGCCGACAAAGCGUACAUCCUGUGUGCUGCCCGUCAAAUGUUUGUCAAACUUUAUAAGCCGCUUAUUAAUUUUACUAUUUCUAAGACAAAGAAAAGUUUAUCUUUCUGCAGGCUGCACACUGUAUACUACCGUUACAUGAACCCAGACCCGAGAGGGUCGGACUUAUCUGUACCAAAUGCCCCUUCCCAUCCUGUAGUAUUAAUAAGCUAAACAAUAGUGAUUAAGGAUUGUUAACAGUCCAUUGUAUGGUGUGGAUACUUAUCGGACAAGACCCACCUGGGUCUCGAUCAGACGACUUGACAUUCCUCAUUGUCCCAGCAGUAUUUUUAAACACGUUCCAAGUGCCUUUUUCACAGUACAAUCGGAGUCAGUGGCUCUGUGAUGGAGAUUCACUGGGUAGCAUUAGUUUAUAAGCUCAAGGUGUCGUCGUGUACUGAAGUCCCCAUCACAGGGACUUAGAACUUGAGGGAAAACGACAAUAAAGUUUAAUUUGUUAAUUUACAAA